CCCGCCACCUUUGCCCCGCCAAACAAUUCGACUCAUCGCCCUACCUUUUCUCCAAUUCCUCACCAACACCCCCGAACCCAUUGCACUUCCCGUAGAGCCCUCAGUCAACCUUUCCGCAGCAUGGAGGCCCAGAUUAAAGAAUGGCAGGACCGUGCCGAGGCUCUGAAGCCCCUCAACCUCAAGCAAAUCGAGCCCUCCCUCGCCGAGCUGGACGCGCACCUCACCCUCCGCUCGCACAUCGUCGGCUACGGCUUGACCGAGGCGGAUACCACGGUCUGGCAGACGUUGCGCGGAAACCGAGUGGCGCAUGCGUACAUCAAGCAGAAUCUCAUGCCCAACCUCUGCCGCUGGUUCAGGUACAUUGAGGAGGCCUAUCCGCAACAAGCCGCCAUCCCGGAGCGGCCGAAGGAGAAGAACAACAAUGGAGAAAAGCAGAAGGAUGAUAGUGCGAACUUUGAUAUUGGACUUCAGGACGUUGGGGACGGGACGGGCAUUGUGACGAGGUUCCCGCCCGAGCCUUCAGGCUAUCUCCAUAUCGGCCACGCCAAAGCCGCGCUCCUCAACGACUACUUUGCGCACGAGAAGUACAAAGGCACCCUCCUCCUCCGCUUCGACGAUACGAACCCGAUCAAGGAGAAGCAAGAGUUCCAGGACGCCAUCGUCGAAGACCUUGCGCUCAUGGGCAUCAAGGCGGACAAGGUCUCACACACAAGCGACUACUUCAAGGAGCUGUACGAGUACUGCGUGCAGCUGAUUAAGGAGGGGAAUGCGUACGCGGACGACACUCUGCAGGAGAAGAUGCGGGAUGAGCGCAUGAAGGGCAUUCCUAGCGAGCGCCGAGACUCCAGCGUUGAGGACAAUUUGGCGCGCUUCGAGGAGAUGAAGAAGGGUACCGAGGAGGGCCAGCGAUGGUGCAUCCGUGCGAAGAUGUCCGUCGACGACCCGAACAAGGCCAUGCGCGACCCCGUCAUCUACCGCUGCAGCGACGAGGAGCACCACCGGACGGGCGAUGAAUGGAAUAUCUACCCCACGUACGACUUCUGCUGUCCCAUCGUCGACGCAAUCGAGGGCGUCACCCACGCACUGCGUACGACCGAGUACAACGACCGCGACGCUCAGUACCAAUGGUUUCUCAAGGCCCUGCGCCUCCGUCCCGUCUACAACUGGGGCUUCGCGCGCCUGAACUUCGUUAGGACACUACUUUCCAAGCGCAAGCUCACCAAGAUCGUCGACUCAGGCUUUGUCUGGGGAUGGGACGACCCACGCAUGCCGACCGUCCGCGGUGUCCGACGACGAGGUGUAACUAUCCCGGCGCUCCGCGAGUUCAUCCUCAAACAAGGACCCUCCAAGAACAUCGUCAACCUCGACUGGUACAGCUUCUGGGCAACAAACAAGAAGUACAUCGACCCGAUCGCCGCACGCUACACCGCCAUCGCCGAGGAUGCCAAGGUGCCCGUCACUGUCAUCGGUGCGCGCGAGGGCGUCAUCACCGAGGAGAAAGACAAGCACGCCAAAUACACCAACCUCGGCAAGAAGAAAGUCGUUUUCAGCUCCUCCAUCAUCAUGGAGCAAGAGGAUGCCGCCUCCUUCGCCCAAGACGAGGAAAUCACCCUGAUGAACUGGGGCAACGCCAUCGUGCGCAAGAUCAGCCACUCCAUCAACCCGCUCGCGAAACCCUCAGGCUUCAAAACCGUGACGGCUCUCGAGCUCGAACUGCAUCUCCAGGGCGAUGUUAAGAAGACCUCGAAGAAGGUCACCUGGCUGUCUACGGAUCAGAACUUAAUUCCGGUGGAGCUCGUCGAUUUCGAUUAUCUGAUCACGAAGGAUAAGCUAGAGGAGGGAGAUCAGUUGGAGGACUUCUUGAAUCCGAACACAGAGACCAGGACGAAGGCGCUGGCCGAUUGUAAUGUUGCGGAGCUCAAGGUGGAUGAUAUCGUACAAUUCGACCGCAAGGGCUACUUCCGCAUCGACAAGGCGUUUGCGCACGGCGAGCCGGCGAUCGCGUUCCAGAUUCCGACCGGUAGGGGUAAAUAGGGUUAUGUAUAGCUCAUUUUAGGCCUGAGCCAGGUGGAUAGAUAAAAUCUGAGUUGUACCGAAAAGCAUUUAUAUCCAUGGGCCUACGACUGUGCUUACGUGGUCUUUCUUCUGAUGGAUAGAGAGAGGUACAUUGUCAAUGACAAAGAAAAAAAAUGAACAUAGGAGUUUCCAUCACCUGCGUGGACUAUGCGAACCUUGGAAGGUGGUUUGGUGUAUGCAACAUUAGGAACCCAACUACCCAUGGAGGAAAACACUGAGCGCAGCAGCAGUUCCUCGCGCUAUUACAACACGCACUGGCAGCUUUAGCUUCGCCUUCCCCUUGCAAGAAAUCCG